UUGUUUAAUUUCUAAUGGAUAUUUAGUAUGAAUUAUACAUUACAAGUGUUUAUUUAUAAGCAAUGAAAGUGUAGUCAAUUAAUAAAAUUGUUUUAUAUCAAGUUUACUCAUGAUUUUUAUGUUAGAUUUUGUUACCGCGGGAAAACUGUGAAACGUUUGACUAGUAUAAUGGCCGCAAAAGCGCCAAUGCUUUACGUGUUUGCUCGUAUAGUAUGAAAUUUGAGACCAAAUUAUGCUUCUCCAAUGCUUUAAAUGAGUUAAAAAAAUCAUAAUUGAGAUGGACAUCAACGCUGAGGUCUCAACACAAUUGUCUCUGAUCGAUGCCCUCCUGAGCGACCUUGACAAAACGAUCACACCAUGUGCUAGCAAAAAGAAUGAGAAAAAAGAAGAAGAAACACAGGAUGCCAUGCCAGACUCUACAACCAACACGGAAAAGAAUAAUGCUAAUCCAUUCCACUGUGGGGAUGAUGUACUUGUAGAAAACAAAGAUGGACGUUAUUAUUUAGGAACAAUAGUAGAGUUGAGUACCAGCAAUGACAAUGACUCUUGCGAGGUGGGCACGGGCACGGCGCGGUGUCUGGUGAAGUUCGGCGAUGGGACGCACGCUUGGGCCCCGGUGUCCUCGCUGAAGCUGCUGAGCGCCCCACCGGCGGACGAUGGGCGCAUCAUGUGCGUGGUGUGCAAGCGGCGCGAGGGGCCCGCAGCCACCCUCGCGACUAACGCCAUCAUUGCGUGCGACAUGUGCGGAAGAGGGUACCACGCUAAGUGUCACUCGCCGCCUGUCGACGCGUGGAUUAAUGGUGCAUCCUGGCACUGCAAAAGAUGCGUGGACCAAAGGUAUAGAGUGGCAGCGGCUGAGAACAGGGCCCUCAAGCGAUCAGACUUGUUUAGAUUUAAAGGCGGGCAGCAACGGCGGCAACAACAGGAACUCACUCCACCCUGCGAUACUGCUUCUACAACAUCGUCGGCUUCCGUAUCUGAUGCAGGCAAAGAUCAAAAUGAAACACAUUGUUACUGUGGCGAAAAAAGUGACUGGCUGGCACAGAUGUUACUAUGCUGUCGGUGUUCUCGUUGGUUUCACCAAAGAUGCGUAUCAAGUUUACAAUAUCCUUUGUAUGCUGGCGAUAAGUUGUACAUAUUUGCGUGCGCUCACUGCAACGGAGGGGCGGAAUAUCUUCGUCGACUGGAGCUCUGCUGGUUGGAUCUGGCGCAUCUCGCUUUAUAUAAUCUCACUGCGUACAAUGCGCCAAAUUAUUUCGACCUAGAUAGUGUCAUUAUGCCGUACAUCAUGGACAACUGGCAUGCUCUGCAAUUACCUGAGAAGAUGUGGCGAACUCCAGUUAAAGAACGUCGUGAAAAGAUCUUGACAGCGUUGACGUCGUCUCGUAAGCGAUUCAAAUGCGGACGCGAAAUGAAGAAACGAGCUACCAUCUGGGGUUUGCGCUUACGUCGUCCGCCCCCACCGCCGCUACAGCUUUCUGCAUUGGAACAGAUCAAGAAAGGAGAGCCACUGUCGGAUGAGUUAGUGAGGGAGUAUGCUCCGCGACUUCGGUUUCUGCCGCGAGCGCCGUCGCCGCAAACAGUACUCGCUGCUGAUGACAGUUCUCAACCUUCUAGCAGUAACAACGACAAAAGUUCCUAUAAGAAUCACAAUCAACGUAUGAUUGUACCAGUGGAUGGUCAUUGGUUAAACUUAAUGAUGGGCAAACGCUUCCAUGAAAAUCUCAACUCUAACUCGAAUUCCGAAAAUGAUUCUACUAGUUCCUAUGAGUCUGUUAAGCUGACUGAAAACGACGAACAACCUUCCCCCUCUACUUGCACCUCUUCUGCUAGAAAUUCUGAUGCCAAAGCUGAUAACAUAGAGAAAAUAUCUGAGCUAAACGAAAAUAAUACAAACGAAGCAAAAUCUAUUUGUGAUGAAAGUUCUCCAGUGCCAUCUCCCAACACUUCUUUAGUUCCAUGUACUGUAAAGUUAGAUAAAAUAUCCAAAGAGAAUAUAGUUGAUACAAACGUGAGCAAGAGUGACGUCACUAAUGUGAACAUUAACACGCACACAACAAGAAUAGCUACAAUGAACUUAGAAGUAUCUAAAUUGUCUACAAAGAACAUUAUCGAACAUUCCAAAAUAAUGUCGCUACAGCAUAUGGAUAGAUUACCCCCUUUCACUAGUAACUUUAGCCAUGACAUGGAGUCGUCGGGAGACGAAUCUUCCAGCAGGGGCACCCUAGACGCUAUUAUACCACCGCUUAAAGAUUUCCAGGGUAAAAAUAAUCCGUUUCUCAUGCAAAAUACUUACCCGUCCAAGAAGCCGUUCUCAUCAACGACUAACAUUUACAAUAAACAAAAUGGCAAGCAAAACAAUCACCACACACGGUUCUCGUUACCGGUAAACUUGAAUCCACUGAUGGGGCCGCUAGUUAGGCCAUUGAAACGAAAGCUUAGCGAAAAGGACAUCGUGAUUGGACCUAACGGCGAGGUCAAAAGAAGGAAAUACCGGAGGCCACGGAAAUAUCUACAGACGCAGCUGAACAAGUCAUGUCCUCUGCCAGAUGACAACAACAAACCUGCUCAAAUGCCAAACGAGAACGGCGAAGUAGCUCCGCAGGGCGGCGGGCACAUCAAUAACGUGAAAUUUCACGGUAGAAGACUGAGACAGAGACAGGAGAAAAAUUACUAUGAAAACGCUAGACGGAAUACGAGUAAUAACAGUAGUAAUAAUAAUAGCGUAAAAAGUCUACAGUUAAGUCCACAUAAAGCUAACAGCAGCGCGGCGGAGGUGGACGCGGAGCAGCUGUCUGCGCUGAAGUCCAGCGUGCAGUCGUACUUCCGCGCCGGCCAGACCUUCCGCGUGCUCGCGCGCCGCCUCGCGCCCGGCGCGCUGCCCGCCUACCUCAUCGAGUGGGACUCCAACGCCUCCUAGUCGCCGCCGUCGAAUGCUCUCAAGGGUUCGCCGCCAACUUCAAGCUAGAAACCUAAUCAUUUUUAGUUAUCCUUUGUUUUGUCUUUCCAUGCACAUACUCAUAGGUAUCUUAACAUAAUACAAUACUGUACAUAAUAUAAUCAUUUAUUAUUUUUAUAAUAGUAAUGAACUGCUUGUAAUAAACGAAAUAUACAUUUUAUAACUAUUUUGUGACCUCUUUACCUAAUAUGUAAUAAUUAAUCUCUUAGAUCCUAUGAGCUACUAAAUGCAAUGCUUGUAAGGGCAAAACAAAGGUAUUAGGAAAAUGGUAAACUGCCCUAGCUUUUAUUGAAAGGUAAUCCUUAAUUUGACUAGACUUUGGGGGUGAUCAUGAAUUUAUUUAAAUAUCUAUACAUAUUAUUAUUGUAAUAAUAUAUAAGUGCUUGUCUGUAGUCUAGUUGUACAGUAAGAUCAAGGAAUGUGAUAUAUUAUUAUUCCAAUUGGA